AGCAAAACCUCCAUAAAACCCCCGCCUCCAUCUCUUCUUCUGCCCAAAUCCCACGCUCAAACCCUAACCCUAAUGGCUUUCUCCGGCCGAUUGCGAGAGCUGAUGAAGAAGUACGGCAAGGUUGCGAUCGGCGUCCACUUCUCCGUCUCCGCCGCAUCAAUCACUGGCCUCUACGUCGCCAUCCGCAACAACGUCGACGUCGAAGCCGUCUUCCAAAAGGUCGGCCUUUCUUCUCCUUCUCCUCCGCCGUCCUUGGACUCUGAUCCGACCUCGACCUCCGAUGAUCGCCCGAGGAACCGCACCGCCGAGCUGGCUGCUUCGAGCGGCGGAGCUCUCGCCGUCGCCAUCCUCUUGAACAAGGCUCUCUUGCCGGUACGCGUUCCCAUCACCAUUGCCCUUACUCCUCCCAUUUCUAGAUUUCUCCGCAAGAGGAACCUCCUGAAGAAUCACUAACAAUGGUUGAUUGGUUAUUUACUCUGAAUGCUCUCAUUUAUUCAAUGCUAAAAGUUUACUGUUUUGGGUGAUGCUGUUCUUGUAAUCAUGUUUACAAACAUUAUAAGUAGGAAUGAAAUUUGCGGUCUGUUUGUUUUGGAUGAA